AAAUGUUUGGUAUGUGCAAGCUACUGAAAAAACGAAGAGACUCAAAGAUUGUGCCGUGACAUCGGUAGCUUCACUUUCUGUUCAGGCACGGGCAACAGAGUACUUGAAAAAGAAAACAAUUGGGAACCGCACAAAGCAUUCUUCAUAUUGUAAAGGAACCAAGCCUGCGGCAAGCACUCUGUUUAGAAACGGAAUUAAAAGGCAAAAUGUGAAAAAGUUGCUUGAAUUUCAAGGCUUGCAGCAGAUUACAGGUGGCUCAGACUCCAUUCAACUUUGAGCCAGAUGGGAGGUUCUUCACCAUGCGCGUCCUGCAAAUUAUUAAGGCGCCGCUGCGCCAAGGACUGCAUCUUUGCCCCUUACUUUCCUUCUGAUGACCCUCAAAAGUUUGCUAUGGUUCACAAGGUCUUCGGUGCUAGCAACGUCAGCAAAAUGUUGCAGGAGCUUCCAGUUCACCAGAGAGCGGAUGCUGUGAGCAGUUUGGUUUAUGAAGCAAAUGCAAGAGUAAGAGACCCAGUUUAUGGAUGUGUUGGUGCAAUAUCUUAUCUACAAAGCCAAGUAUCACAGUUGCAAAUGCAGCUGGCGGUGGCUCAAACAGAAAUACUUUGCAUUCAGAUGCACCAAGAGCCAAAUAAUACCUUACAAACGACGUCGUCUCAAUCCCAAAUAGACGACGUCCAAGAUGACAAAUCACUUCUUCUAUCAUGUAAUAACUUCAAUACCAUUCCUCAGUACCUUGGCUUUGCUUCAUCUAGCAAUGCAAUCCAAGAUCCUCUUAAGAGAGAGUCUCUUUGGACUUAAUUAAGUUUGGUUUCUUUUAAUUUCACUGUUCAAUUACUUCUCUUCUUCUGUUAUUGUUUAAUGUAUGGUUUCGUUGAGAAGUUUACAGUUUGAACAUGGAAUUUAAAAUAUGGUGGCUUUAGGUUCAAGUAGUCAACUCCUGCAUGUGAGACAUGGAGUAAAGUAGGGUUAACCAAAGCCCUCUCUUUUCUUAUCAAGACGUAAGGUUUUAUGACUCAUAGCUUAAAAUAAU